GUAACUUUUGCGGAUUACGGAUUACGGGCUGUAUGUGACGGCACCCUAACAGUAACAUGCAUUUGACAAGUUAAUUCAGUUAAUUUCUGGUCGUGUAAAUUUUAAAAUGCCUUAUAAACGUAAAAAGCAUCAUAAAGGUAACACACAUUUGAAGAAAGGUUGGAGGACGAAGCGGAGAACGAAGGACUUGGACGAGAUUAAUGAAGACUUGAAGGAGAAAAAUACGGAGAAGCUGUUGCAUCAGGAAGUGGAUUUUGAUAAACCAGGAUCUGGGCUACAUUAUUGCGUACAUUGCGCGAAACACUUUAUGAACAAAACCACACUGCACGCUCAUUUUACUAACAAGCGUCACAAACGACGGCUGAAAGCGCUUGAAUUAGAACCAUAUAGUAUCGAAGAGUCAGAAAGAGCAGCAAACAAAGGAAGCUACAUUGAGCCAAAAAAGCGGAAGAUAGAAACUGUGACACGAGAGACUUUUAAUAAAAUAGAUGUGGAUGCUGAGCCAACUGCUAAAAUUAUGAAAAUAGACAAAUCAAAUUAACUUACUGUUUGUAAU